UCAGUUAACUGACUUUCAGUUUGGAAGAGAUGUUAAGUUUCUUUUCUGUGUAGUUGAAAUAUAUAGGGGUGGGGGGGUGUGUGCACACGUGUGUGGUUGUUGUUGUUAGAAAUGAAGUCUUUCAGUUUAAAGAAUGUCAAGGUUUGUGCAUCCAAGAGCUCCGUUCACCUGCGUCAGCCAUGUUCACUAGGCCAGGGCAGAAGGAAAGUGAAGCUUGUGGAGGAGAGGUCACACCCGCUCUCCAUUGGCAAUGGAGCCUACUUUUGGACAAGUAAAGACACACUGUGGGAUUAUAUGCAGACACUGUCUGAUCAGGGAGCAGAGAAGCAUGAAGGGGCAGGCCAGUCAUCUGGAGUCACUGACCAGGAGAAGGAGCUGUCCGCCAGUGCUCUCCAGGCCUUCACAUCUGGAAAUUAUGACGCCUGUCUGCAACACCUUGCCUGUCUCCAAGAUAUAAACAAAGAUGAUUACAAAAUUACUCUGAAUACAGCAGUAGCUGAAUUUUUUAAAAAUAAUCAAACAACAACAGAUAAUUUGAGACAAACACUUAACCAGCUGAAGAAUCAGGUCCACUCAGCUGUUGAGGAGAUGGAUGGAUUAGACGAUGUUGAGAACAGCAUGCUGUAUUAUAACCAAGCAGUCAUUCUCUACCAUCUGCGGCAGUACACGGAGGCCAUAUCUGUUGGAGAAAAACUUUAUCAGUUCAUAGAACCUUUUGAAGAAAAAUUUGCCCAAGCGGUGUGCUUUCUGCUCGUAGACUUGUAUAUUUUAACCCACCAAGCUGAGAAAGCUCUGCAUCUUCUUGCCGUCCUAGAAAAAAUGAUUUCACAGGGUAGCGGCAGCAAAAACGGGAAGAAUGAGACUGGCAAUAACAGCAGCAAAGACGGAUCCAACCCUAAGGCUGAGAGUGCAGCUCUAAUAGAGGCUGCCAAGUCCAAGGUACACCAGUACAAAGUCCGCGGGUACAUCCAGAUGAAGUCCCUGAAGGCAUGCAAAAGGGAAAUCAAGUCAGUCAUGAACACGGCUGGAAACUCUGCACCUUCCCUGUUUCUUAAAAGCAAUUUUGAAUACUUAAGGGGCAAUUAUCGGAAAGCGGUGAAGCUGCUAAAUAGUUCAAACAUUGCCGAGCACCCGGGCUUCAUGAAAACAGGUGAAUGCUUGAGAUGCAUGUUCUGGAAUAACCUCGGCUGUAUCCAUUUUGCCAUGAGCAAGCACAAUCUGGGGAUUUUCUACUUCAAGAAGGCUCUGCAGGAAAAUGACAAUGUGUGUGCCCAGCUCAGUGCGGGUAGCACUGAUCCAGGCAAAAAGUUUUCUGGAAGACCCAUGUGUACACUGCUGACCAACAAAAGGUAUGAGCUGCUGUAUAACUGUGGGAUCCAGCUGCUGCACAUCGGGAGGCCUCUGGCUGCCUUUGAGUGUCUGAUUGAAGCUGUUCAGGUAUACCAUGCGAAUCCUCGUCUUUGGCUCCGGCUGGCUGAGUGCUGCAUUGCUGCCAAUAAAGGGACUUCUGAGCAAGAAACUAAAGGACUUCCCACCAAAAAGGGAAUUGUACAGUCUAUUGUUGGCCAAGGGUAUCACCGUAAAAUAGUUCUGGCAUCACAGUCUAUUCAGAACACUGUCUACAAUGAUGGGCAGUCUUCAGCCAUUCCUGUAGCCAGUGUGGAGUUUGCAGCCAUCUGUCUCAGAAAUGCCUUGCUGCUGUUACCUGAGGAGCAACAAGAUCCCAAGCCGGAAAGUGGCUCCAAGAGCAGCAGCCAGCUUGGAGGGAAUGCCGAAAGCAGCGAGAGCAGUGAGACGUGCAGCAGUAAAAGCCAUGAUGGGGAUAAGUUCAUUCCUGCUCCACCAUCUUCUCCGCUGAGGAAACAGGAAUUAGAAAACCUCAAGUGCUCCAUCCUUGCCUGCAGUGCAUACGUGGCUCUGGCCUUAGGCGAUAACCUCAUGGCUUUGAACCAUGCGGAGCAGCUCCUACAGCAGCCCAAGCUGUCUGGCUCUCUUAAAUUUUUGGGCCAUUUAUAUGCCGCAGAAGCCCUCAUCUCCCUCGACAGAAUAUCUGAUGCCAUUACACAUUUGAACCCAGAGAAUGUCACUGAUGUCUCCUUAGGGAUUUCUUCAAAUGAGCAGGACCAAGGAUCAGACAAGGGUGAAAAUGAAGCGAUGGAAUCCUCUGGCAAGCGCGCCCCUCAGUGCUACCCCAGUUCUGUCAACUCUGCCCGGACUGUGAUGCUCUUCAACCUGGGCAGUGCCUACUGCCUGAGGAGUGAGUACGACAAGGCCCGGAAGUGUCUGCAUCAGGCCGCAUCGAUGACCCAUCCUAAAGAGGUGCCCCCUGAGGCUGUCCUGCUGGCUGUCUACCUGGAACUGCAGAACGGUAACACGCAGCUGGCCUUGCAGAUGAUCAAGCGGAACCAGCUGCUCCCUGCAGUAAAGGCACACUCGGAUGUGAGGAAGAAGGCGGUGUUCCAGCCGGUGCACCCCAUCCAGCCCAUCCAGAUGCCCGCAGCGUUCACCACCGUGCAGAGAAAAUGAGAGCUCGCCUUAGAGGAGCUGGUACCUGAGGCCCAGGGUACCUUCAGGAGCCUUUCAAUUGUCCUGCAGGAAAGCCAAUAAAGAAAAUACAGUGGCGAAGGUGCUGGUGUGGAAGACUGUUUGAGACUGUGGGACCCGCUGGGUCUUAUGCCAGAGGCUUACCCAAAAUUAAGGACUCCUCCUACUUUCAGUUUUUAUUUACUAUCUGCCAGUCUUUAAUUGUGAACCAUUGUGUUGAUAUGUCUGUGUCUAGGCAUUAAAACAUGUUCUUAUCAGAA